ACAAAUUCACAACCAAACCCAUAUACAUGGAUAUGGAUAUUUCGCUAUGCCUCAUCGGAGCUCUCGCCGGAGUUUACGUUUUUCUAUUUGGGAUUCUCAGAAACCUUAACCAAUGGCGUUUCGUCACUCGACACGCCCGCCGUUACAAUCUCCCUCCCGGCGAUAUGGGCUGGCCUCUCAUCGGAACUCUUCUCCCCUUUCUUAAAGCUUUCCGAUCGGGUCGACCCGACUCCUUCAUCCAUCACUUUACCUCCAAGUACGGGAAAACAGGGAUGUACAAAACGCACUUAUUCGGGAGCCCAAGCGUGAUCGUGACGGUGCCGGAAGUGUGCCGUCAUGUGCUAAUGAACGACGAACAAUUCGUAUUCGGUUACUCAAAAGCCACCAGAAUCCUCACCGGAAGCAAGGCGCUCAACUCCGUCCCCAAGCCGGAGCACCGCCGUCUACGGCGGCUGAUUGCAUCGCUGAUAAGCGGCAACGAGGCGUUGUCUCUCUACAUAGGACACGUGGAGGGGAUAGUGGUGACGUGCCUGGAGGAGUGGGGCAGCAUGAAGGAGCCGGUGGAGUUCCUGUCGGAGAUGAAAACGGUGGCGUUUAAGGUUCUUUUACACAUCUUUAUCGGAGCUAAUUCGGCGGCUUUCAUCGACAAAAUGGAGAAGCUGUACAAUGACUUCCACUUGGGUUUCAUGUCCACCGCCGUCGAUAUCCCCGGAACUACCUUCAGCCGAGCUCUCAAGGCAAGAAAUGAGCUGAUAAGGAUAUUUGAAAAAGUAUUGGAAGAGAAGAGGGAAAAUUUGAAGAACAAAGUUGGAGAAAACAGAAAAAAAGAUAUGGCUGAUUUGCUGUUAGAGGUCAGGGACGAAGACGGGGAAGGCUUAGACGAUGGUUGCAUUAUUGAUUUGUUGAUCGGUUUCUUCUUCGCUGGCCACGAAACUUCGGCUCAUACUAUCAUGAGAGCUAUCAUGUUCCUCUCCGAAAAUCCCGAAACCCUUCGUAAAGCUAAGGCCGAGCAAGAGCAAAUUGUGAAUGCAAGGCCGGCGGAUGCCCAACACAAAGGCUUAACCAUGAAGGAAAUCAAACAAAUGGAGUAUCUUUCUAAGGUGAUGGAUGAAACGUUGAGGAAGACAAGUUUGGCGUUCACAUUGUCGAGGGAGACAAAAGUUGACGUUAACUUAAACGGGUACACCAUACCCAAAGGAUGGAAGAUCCUUGUUUGGACCAGAGCGGUUCAUAUGAACCCUGAAAUCUAUGAGAACCCACACAAGUUCGACCCAUCUAGAUGGGAUAAUCCAAAACGGAGAGCUGGAUCUUUCAUUCCCUUUGGAGCAGGAAUGAGGCUUUGCCCAGGAAUUGAUCUUUCCAAACUCGAGAUCGCCAUUUUCCUUCACUAUUUCAUCCAUGGUGGGUUCAGACUUGAGAGAGUGAAUCCAAAUUGCCCAGAGAAUCACCUGCCUUUGCCAACUCCUACAGACAACUGCCUUGCAAGAGUUGUAAGAGAUUCAUGAGUUUUGGAAUGAAGAACAUCAGAAAAUGGGCUCUCAGUAACCUUCUAUUCAAACUACAAUAUAAUUUUAUUAGGAACAUUUUACUAUUCUCCCUCUGUUAUAUGUAAAUAUAUAAAUAUAUAAAUACAUUUUUUCUUUUGUACGGGUU